AUGAUAUUAAUACAAUUGGAAUUACAACAACAAGAGUUAAAAACCUUUAAAACAGAUGCAUUAGCUCUUGUACCCUUAAAAUACAAGUCAACAGACGCACAAUCUGGAAAUAAUAAAAAAGUCUUGAGAGAGUUACAUAAAAAUAAAGCCAUAAAUAAAAAAACAAAAGCCCAAAAUGCAGUAAACAUCACAGCCCCAGUAGAAGAUACAAAAAAGUCUAAUCAAACUGCAAAUCCACAAAUAUUAAAUAAAGUAAACACAAGCUGA